AUGGCUAAGAAGAGCAAAAAAACCCAGCAAAACUACUGGGAUGAGGAUUUCGAAGAAGACGCCGCCCAGGGCGAAGAAAUCGGUGCCACACCAACUCCGGAACCAGAGAGUACCGCCGGCGUAGAAGGCACUGCUGAGAAAGGUUCUGCAGGUGCCGAAAGUGCUGAAGCUUCCGAGGCUGUUGAAAGUGACUUCAUGUCUGCUUUGAAACAGUCUAAGAAUAAGCAGGAAAAGAAGGUCACCGAGGAGAAGAAGGACGGCAAACCUGUGCUGAAGUCCAAGAAGGAGAAGGAAAAGGAAAAGAAGGAAAAGGAAAAGCAGAAGAAGAAAGAACAAGCUGCCAGAAAGAAGGCUCAACAGCAAGCUCAAAAGGAGAAGAACAAGGAGUUGAACAAGCAAAAUGUCGAAAAAGCUGCUGCUGAAAAAGCUCAGAAGUCUCAGGAUGCUGACGGCGACAAUGGCACACCAGCUAAGAAACCAGCUAAGAAAGUACCUGCUGGUUUGGCUGCUUUGAGACGUCAAUUAGAAUUAAAGAAACAGCUUGAAGAGCAAGAGAGGUUGGAGAGAGAGGAAGAAGAAAGAUUGGAAAAAGAAGAAGAAGAAAGAUUAGCCAACGAGGAAAAUAUGAAAGAAGAAGCUAGAGCUUCCAAGAAGGAAAAGGAGAAGGCUAAGCGUGAGAAAUUAAAGGCCGAAGGUAAGCUAUUGACUAGAAAGCAAAAGGAAGAAAAGAAAUUGUUAGAAAGAAGACGUGCUGCAUUAUUAUCUUCCGGUAAUGUCAAGGUUACUGGUUUGUCUAAGAAGGAUGCUGAAGAAACUAAACCAAAGAAGGUCGUCUACAGCAAGAAGAAGAAGAGAACGACCCAGGAAAACAUCUCUGAAAUUACUAAAUCUGACGCUAUAAAGGAUGCCGAUGUUGUGAUUGAUGAAAAUAAAGAAUCUGAAGAUGUCUUGAUUGAUGAUUGGGAAAAUUUGGCUUUUGGUGAUGAUGAUGAAGAGGGAAUCAACGGAAAAGUUACCGCUACUCAGGAAUCCACUACAGACUAUGAAUACGAAGAGGAAGAUCAUGAUAAUGAACAAGAAGAGGAGGGUGAAGAAGAAAGUCAGGUCGAAGAAGCUUUCAGAAGCACUCCUGCGGCAACUCCAACCCCUUCUAGUUCUUCUCCAAACAAAAAAGACCUACGUUCUCCAAUUUGUUGUAUUUUGGGUCAUGUCGAUACUGGUAAGACCAAAUUACUAGAUAAGAUUAGACAAACCAACGUUCAAGGUGGUGAAGCUGGUGGUAUUACUCAACAGAUUGGUGCGACCUAUUUCCCCAUCGAUGCUAUUAAGUCAAAGACUAAGGUUAUGGCUGAGUAUGAAAAGCAAACUUUCGAUGUCCCAGGUCUUUUGGUUAUCGAUACCCCAGGUCACGAAUCUUUCUCCAACUUGCGUUCAAGAGGUUCCUCAUUGUGUAACAUUGCCAUUCUAGUUAUUGAUAUAAUGCAUGGUUUGGAACAACAAACUAUGGAAUCUAUCAAGCUAUUGAGAGAUAGAAAGGCUCCAUUCAUCGUUGCCUUGAACAAGAUUGAUAGAUUAUACGACUGGAAAUCCAUUCCAAACAAUUCAUUCAGAGACUCUUUUGCCAAACAAUCGAGAGCUGUUCAGGAAGAAUUCCAAUCUAGAUACUCUAAGAUUCAAUUGGAAUUAUCUGAACAAGGUUUGAAUUCAGAAUUGUACUUCCAAAACAAAAACAUGUCUAAGUACGUUUCCAUUGUUCCAACAUCCGCCGUUACUGGUGAAGGUGUUCCAGAUUUAUUAUGGUUAUUAUUAGAAUUGACCCAAAAGAGAAUGUCCAAGCAAUUGAUGUAUUUGUCUCACGUAGAAGCCACCAUUUUGGAAGUUAAAGUCAUCGAAGGUUUCGGUACCACCAUUGAUGUUAUCUUAUCUAACGGUUACUUGAGAGAAGGUGAUCGUAUCGUACUGUGUGGUAUGAAUGGUCCAAUUGUAACGAAUAUCAGAGCUCUAUUAACACCACAACCAUUGCGUGAAUUACGUUUGAAAUCCGAAUACGUUCAUCACAAAGAAGUUAAAGCUGCUCUAGGUGUAAAGGUAGCUGCUAACGAUUUAGAAAAGGCCGUUUCCGGUUCCAGAUUAUUAGUUGUCGGUCCAGACGAUGACGAAGAUGAACUAAUGGACGAUGUUAUGGAUGAUUUGACUGGUUUGUUGGAUUCCGUGGACACAACCGGCAGAGGUGUUGUUGUUCAAGCAUCCACUUUAGGUUCUUUGGAGGCUUUAUUGGAUUUCCUAAAAGAUAUGAAAAUUCCCGUGAUGUCUAUUGGGUUAGGUCCAGUGUACAAGCGUGACGUUAUGAAGGCUUCUGCGAUGUUAGAAAAGGCACCAGAAUAUGCCAUAAUGUUAUGUUUUGAUGUCAAAGUGGAUAAGGAAGCUGAGCAAUACGCUGAACAGGAAGGUAUCAGAAUCUUCAAUGCCGACAUCAUCUAUCAUUUAUUCGAUUCAUUUACUGCAUACCAAGAAAAAUUAUUGGAGGAACGUCGUAAAGACUUCCUAGACUAUGCUAUUUUUCCAUGUGUCUUACAAACCUUACAAAUCAUCAACAAGCGUGGUCCAAUGAUUAUUGGUGUAGAUGUUUUGGAAGGUACUCUGCGUGUCGGAACUCCAAUUUGUGCAGUGAAAACCGAUCCUGUCACAAAGGAAAAGCAAACCUUAAUAUUAGGUAGAGUCAUCUCUUUGGAAAUUAAUCAUCAACCUGUUCAAGAGGUCAAGAAGGGUCAAACUGCCGCUGGUGUUGCUGUGCGUCUAGAAGACCCCUCCGGUCAACAGCCUAUCUGGGGUCGUCAUGUUGACGAGACUGAUACACUUUACUCCUUGAUUUCAAGAAGAUCUAUUGACACUUUGAAAGACAAAGCAUUUAGAGAGCAAGUUGUUAGAUCUGAUUGGUUGUUGUUGAAGAAGUUGAAGGUCGUUUUCGGUAUCGAAUGA